UCGCUACACGGUGUCAAUAGGUUGUACCUAUAAGAUUGCAUAGUUUAUUCAGCAACGUCGCGUCGAUUGUCACGUCAGUUUCUCUGGCUCAGUGGGGGAGUUACGACGAAUAUUUGGGCAUCAUAUUUACCUAUUUUAAUUGAUUUUAAUAGCCACUAGUCUAGAACCAUCAACAUGUCGAAAAUAAAGGCCGGACCCGUAGUCGACAUCCUCGGUGAUGAGAUGACCCGUAUUAUUUGGGAUCUGAUUAAAAAUAAACUUAUUUUACCUUUCUUAGACAUCGAGUUGCAUACAUAUGACUUGGGCAUGGAGUACCGUGAUCAAACAGAUGAUCAGGUAACAAUCGAUUGCGCCAACGCAAUCAAGAAAUAUAAUGUGGGCAUCAAAUGCGCUACCAUCACCCCUGACGAAAAAAGGGUAGAAGAAUUCAAAUUGAAGAAGAUGUGGAAGAGUCCAAAUGGAACUAUCCGUAACAUCCUCGGAGGCACAGUCUUCAGGGAAGCCAUUAUCUGUAAGAAUAUCCCUCGUUUAGUCACGGGUUGGGAGAAACCUAUCAUCAUCGGUCGUCAUGCUCAUGCUGAUCAAUACAAAGCGACCGACUUUGUCGUGCCAGGUGUGGGGAAAUUAGAGCUGAUCUGGACCCCGCCCUCUGGAGAGCCAAUCAGGCAAGUCGUCAACGAUUUCAAGGGCGCAGGUGUAGCUCUGGGCAUGUUCAAUACCGACGCAUCUAUCGUCGACUUUGCUCAUUCGUCAUUCAAAUUUGCUCUCGAUAGGAAAUAUCCUCUAUACUUGAGUACCAAAAAUACCAUCUUGAAGAAAUACGAUGGUCGCUUCAAGGAUAUCUUCCAAGAAAUUUACGAAAAGGAAUACAAGAAGCAAUUCGAGGCUGCAGGUAUUUGGUACGAGCACAGACUUAUUGAUGAUAUGGUUGCUUACGCUAUGAAGUCGGAAGGUGGAUUUGUUUGGGCUUGUAAAAACUAUGACGGUGAUGUGCAGUCUGACUCGGUCGCCCAGGGUUAUGGAUCUUUGGGUCUGAUGACGUCUGUUCUUAUUUGCCCAGACGGCAAGACGGUAGAGGCCGAAGCGGCUCAUGGUACAGUCACCAGGCACUACCGUUUCUACCAGCAAGGUAAGGAGACCUCCACCAAUCCCAUUGCGUCUAUCUUCGCGUGGACCAGAGGUCUUCUCCAUCGCGCCAAGCUGGAUAACAACAAAGAGCUCAAGAAUUUCGCUGAGACCCUCGAAAAAGUCUGUAUUGAUACUAUUGAGUCUGGAGUUAUGACUAAGGAUCUAGCCAUUUGCAUCAAAGGCAUGAAUAAUGUACAACGGUCAGAUUACUAUGAAACCUUUGAGUUUAUGGACAAAUUGGCCGAUAACUUGAAGAAAAGUCUGGGCAAAUGACUACCUAAUCAAAGGAGUAAUCUUUAAAUAAUACAUAAUUUAUUUUUUAUGGUCACAUGGAAAUAAGGGUAUUUUGUAUUUAACGCAUUUAUUUAUUACGAGUAUCUGUAUUCAAUGAAUAAAUUCUUUACACUGUAAAA